AUGGCGCAUUUCAUUCCUUACAAGAAAACUAAUAUUGCUUCUCAUGUUGCAAAACUGUCCUUCAAGGAGAAACGUUUUGGAAUUGAAUUUCGAUACAGCAGUGUUGCCCAUCCCCAAAAUGAUGGACAAAAUGAAGUGAUUGUGAUUGAAAUUCAAUAUGCAAAUAUUGAUAGUCGUUUUGACCGUUAUGACCAACUCUUUUCUAGGUACAAUAGGUAUAAUAUGCAUUCUGAUAGAGGUUGGAUGUAUACAAGACUAAAAGAUGGUCUACUAAAUCCUUUAUUGCUUAAAGGAUUAAAUGAAUUCAUAUCAGCUGCCAAACAGUUUCCAGACUGUUUGAAUGGAGAACUAAUUAGGUGUCCAUGUAAUCGAUUUAAGUGCCAAAUUCGCAGUUUUGAAGAUGAGAAUAUAAUUAGGUUUCAUCUGAUGAAAUAUGAAUUUGUUAGAGACUAUUACGUAUGGUAUUUGCAUGGCGAAAUUCGAAAUUACAAUGCGGUCCAUAGAAGAAAUGCAGCAGGGCCUAGUUUCUCCCCAUCAAUAAGUACUGAGCCUCCAAACCAAUCUACUCAGAGAUUGUAUGACAUGUUGGCCGCUGCUAAUCAGGAAUUGUGGCCAGGUUGUGAAAAUCAUUCACGACUGUCAGAUGUGGCAAGGAUAUUGAAUAUCAAAUCUGAACAUCAUUUGUCCGAACGUUGUUUUGAUAAUAUUUGCCAAUUAAUCAAAGAAAUUUUACCUACUGAUAAUUUGUUUACUGAUAAUUUCUACUCUACAAAGAAAUUGCUUGAAGGCUUGGGAUUACCAAUUCAGAAGAUUCAUAGUUGCUUAAAUGGUUGUAUGAUUUAUUGGGGUGAGGAUAAUGAAUUGCUCAGGUGCAAGGUGUGUGAUCAUCCUAGAUACAAACGAUUGCAAGAUAGCCAGAGCUCUAGUAAAACCCAAGUUGCUUAUAGUAAAAUGUAUUACAUGCCAAUCACACCUAGACUACAAAGGUUGUACGCAUCUAAUGCUACAGCUAAGGAUAUGACUUGGCAUGCCAAUCAUGGGACUAAUGAUGAUUUAAUGCAUCAUUCAGCUGAUUCGCAUGCAUGGAAAGCUUUUGAUAAUAAUUGGCCUCAUUUCAAUGCUGAGAAACGUAAUGUCCGUCUGGGACUAUGUACCGAUGGUUUUCAACCCUUUGGACAAUCUGGUCAGCAAUAUUCAUCAUGGCCUGUCAUAUUGACACCGUACAAUUUACCCCCAUGGUUAUGCAUGAAAGGUGAGUAUAUGUUUCUCACUAUACUUUUCUCAGGGCCUAGAAAUCCAAAAGAUAAGUUGGAUGUGUAUUUGCAACCCCUAGUAACUGAGUUGAAAGAUUUAUGGGAGAAUGGAGUUGAAACAUAUGAUGCAUUCAGUAAAGAAAAUUUCAACUUGCGAGCUGCUUUAAUAUGGACUAUAAAUGAUUUUCCUGCUUAUGCAAUGUUAUCUGGAUGGAGCACUGCAGGACGGACUGCUUGUCCUUAUUGCAUGGAAGAUAGUGAUGCAUUUACAUUGACAAGAGGAGGUAAGCAAUCAUGGUUUGAUAAUCAUCGCAAAUUUUUACCUCAUAGCCAUUCUUUUAGAAGAAACAAAAUAGCUUUUAGGAAGAAUGUAUCUGUUACUAAGAAAGCAUAA